GGAAAGGUGUACCCAAUACUGGGGUGGGUGCAGAUGUUGUUUGGGUCGAUAGCGUUCAGGGGGUAUUGUCGGGGUGGACACUUGGGACAGUGUUUGGCGCAUGACAUCAUGGGAGGCAGGUUCAUUGCGUAUGGCACUAUCAUGGCUAUCAUGUUCACCGUUGGCGAGUCUUGGGUGCGGCGGAGCGGGAGGAGCCCAGAAUGGUGGGAUUCCUGGGCUAUUACUCUGUGGGGGAUUGUCAACACGUUCACCGAGCAUCACGGGGGCGCUUGGUCGGUCAAGGAUAUGCAGCAUACUAUCCUCGGUGUUCUUUGGUGGACAGGAGGCAUGCUAGGCAUUUUCCUGUCGCGGAACAACCAGCGUUCCGUGAUUCCUAGUAUUAUCAUUAUCCUCACAGGAUGGGCUAUGGCAGGACAUGCACAAGUGCUUAUGAUCUUGACGAUGGUCCACGCGACGUUUGGCUACACUCUCUCAGCUGCCGGGCUUGCACGCAUCGUUGAAGUGUGCUUCCUCUCCUCGGCGAGGUACGAUGUCCCACCAGUGCAGGGUGAUAACAACAGCGAACACACGCUCACGCCGGGAGAUUCGUCGGCAUCGCAGGAAGCUGGGAGAGUCAACGCUGAGAAAGCGUUCAGGCACUUGCCACCUUUCCUAUUGGUUGUUUCUGGAAUCCUGUUCAUGUCAGCGACGGAUGAAGAGCUUGGAUUUGUCAACGAUGAAGGCAUAGACCAUGUCACGUACAUCCUUAUCGUGUUCAGGUCCAUCUCUCCUUCCUUUCCUUUCAACCUUUUCUUGUCUUCUUCGUCCCUCAUCGCAUUCCUCUUGUAUACCCUCGUACUAGCGCUCAUUCACCUCUUCACCAUUUCGGGCCGAAAUGCGUCCUUGAAUUCUCAAACCUCUCUGGCAGGUGAUAACGCCAUUGAACUCACCUCGCCCCGCGGGGCUGCGCCCAAGUGGUACGCUGCUGUGCCGGGCGAAGCGGAGGAGACACAUGUGCUCGGCAUUAGUGACGUCCCCGUGUAAACGACGAGGUGUGUAUGCUGUAGUGCCUAUGGGCGCUUGUUAUCCGUUUGUU